UCCACGUCUGAUAUCAUGACAUAUGAUAGGAGAAAUGACGAAUGAGAGGAAUUUUUGUCCCUAGGGCCAUUUCUGAGAGCACUCAAGCCAAGGAAGCGAUGGCCACCAUCAGCGUGACGGAGGGCGCACCCCACGCCGUGUCCGACGAGACGCGCGCGCGUGCUGACGCGCUUAAGGUGCAGGGCAACGAGGCACUAGCAAACUUUAAGUUCGCGCAGGCUGUGGAGCUGUACACGAAGGCUAUCGAGCUGGUGCCCACCGCGAUCUUUUACGCCAACCGUGCAGCCGCACACGUCAAGAGCGAGAGCUAUGGCUUGGCUAUCGACGACUCGUCGGCCGCUAUUGAGCUAGAGCCCAGCUACAUCAAAGGUUUGGAGAUGUUGCGAUGCGAUUGGCUGUAAUUACGGAAGCUAACGCUGUUGUAACUGCGCACAGCGUACUACCGCCGCGGCUCGGCGCAACUUGCGCUUGGCCACCACAAGAAGGCAGUCAAAGAUUUCCGUCUCGUGGUGCGCAUGAAGCCUCAGGACCGUGAUGCACGCACCAAGCUCAAGCUCUGCGAGAAAAUCAUCAAAGAGGCGGCGUUUGCGGCUGCCAUCCAAUCAGAGCGCAACUUGCCGCUCUCGGAGACCAUCGACGUCAACUCGCUGGUCGUAGAUCCGUCGUAUGAUGGCCCAUGCCUUCCAGAGGACGUGUCAAAGACCAAACCCGAUUUUAUUGUGGCUCUGAUGGACCGCUUUAAGCGCGGCAAGCUCCUGCACCGCAAGUUCGUGAUCCAGAUCCUUCUCAAGCUCAAGGAGAUGUUGUGCGCCCUCCCGUCACUGCUGCGUGUUUCUCUGCCGGCAGACGAUCCGGACGCACACUUUACUGUGUGUGGAGACACCCAUGGCCAGUUCUAUGACGUGUGCAAUAUUUUCUCUCUGAACGGGCUGCCGAGCGAAAGCAACCCGUAUUUAUUCAAUGGUGACUUCGUUGAUCGUGGUUCGUUCUCGUUCGAGGUGGUUAUGACGCUCUUCGCUAUGAAGCUCGUGUAUCCGCAGCAUGUGCAUCUGCUACGUGGUAACCACGAGUCCAAGAACAUGAACAAGAUUUACGGCUUUGAGGGCGAAGUGAAGCACAAAUACGACGAGACAGUCAUGCAGCUCUUUACCGAGGUGUUCAACUGGCUGCCUCUUGCAGCUGUGAUUGAAAACAAGGUGCUGGUGGUGCACGGCGGUCUUUUCAGUGAAGAGAACGUGACGCUGGCUGAUAUCGAGAAGAUCGACCGCAACCGUGAACCUCCUGAGAGCGGACUCAUGAGCGAUUUGAUGUGGAGCGACCCGCAGCCAUUCCCGGGUCGUGGUCCCAGUAAACGCGGCAUCGGUCUGUCUUUCGGUCCCGAUGUUACGAAGGCUUUCUUGGAGCUGAACAACCUCGACUUGUUGGUGCGCUCACACGAAGUCAAGGACGAAGGUUACUUAGUAGAGCACGACGGAAAGUGCAUCACUGUUUUCAGCGCACCGAACUACUGCGACCAGAUGGGCAACAAGGGCGCGUUCAUUCGCUUUGAGAGGGACAUGCAGCCCCGAUUCACGCAAUUCGUCGCAGUGGUACGAUCGUCUUGGCUAUUCUGUAUCAAGGAAUGCGUUUCUUACAUUGAUAUUAUGUAAUUUCUAUAGGAGCACCCCCCGAUUCGACCGAUGGCAUAUGCCGGUAACAUGGGCGGUAUGUUUGGCUAGACUAAUGCAAAUAUACGCAGACGUCUAGAUACAGCGAGUAGCAAGCAGUUCAACAGACUAAUGCAUGUUCUAAUGAACGAUAGUACGGUCUAUCCUCUAUA